CCUGUACCUUCUUUAUUAAAUUCCCAUUUCACUACCAACAAACACUAUUUCUCCAAUUCUAUGUUCAAAAGACUGUUUUUUUCUUGUUCAACAUUAACCCAUUUCCUCCCAAAAAAUUCCCAUUUCCUUUCAUCUAUCAAUCAACCAAUCAGAAUCUUCGCCAUGGCUGAAAAAGAUCAAAACUUUACAUCAUCAUCAUCAUCAUCAUCAUCAUCAGCUUCUUCUCCUCCUUCUAGUGGUGCCCAAUAUAAACACACUAAUCUUCUUGCUUCAGAACAUAGCCCUUAUCUUCUUCAACAUGCUCAUAAUCCUGUUAAUUGGUAUCCAUGGGGGGAAGAGGCAUUCGAACAAGCUCGCAAGAGGGAUGUGCCCAUUUUCUUAUCAAUUGGAUACAGCACCUGCCACUGGUGUCAUGUGAUGGAGGUAGAAUCUUUUGAAAAUGACGAGGUCGCGAAAUUGCUUAAUGACUGGUUCAUUAGCAUCAAGGUAGAUCGAGAAGAACGACCAGAUGUAGACAAGGUGUACAUGACUUAUGUGCAAGCUUUAUACGGUGGUGGAGGAUGGCCACUAAGCGUCUUUCUUUCGCCCGAUUUGAAGCCUUUGAUGGGUGGAACUUACUUCCCACCUGAUGAUAAGUAUGGGAGGCCAGGGUUUAAAACGGUGCUCAGAAAAGUGAAAGAAGCGUGGGAGAGUAAGAAGGAUGUACUUGUUAAAAGUGGCACAUUUGCUAUUGAACAAUUGUCGGAAGCAUUGUCUAUUAGCUCAGUAUCUGACAAAUUAUCAGAGGGACUUGCCCAGAGUGCACUACGAGAAUGCACAAAAACGCUUUCCGAAAGUUAUGAUCCAAAAUAUGGUGGAUUUGGGGCUGCUCCCAAGUUUCCCCGUCCAUCUGAGCCUCAAUCAAUGAUAUACCAGUCAAAGAAAUUGAGAGAAUUAGGAAAAAUAAGUGAAGCAGAUGAACACUUAAAAAAGGUUUCGUUUAGCUUGCAAUGCAUGGCAAGAGGUGGCGUCCAUGAUCAUGUUGGUGGUGGCUUUCACCGUUACAGCGUGGAUGAAUGCUGGCAUGUUCCACAUUUUGAAAAGAUGUUGUACGAUCAGGGUCAACUUGCCAAUGUCUAUCUUGAUGUAUUCUCUAUCAAGAAAGAUGUCUUUUACUCUUGUGUUGCUCGUGAUAUUCUUGAUUAUCUGAGAAGAGACAUGAUUGGACCCAAUGGUGAAAUAUUUUCUGCUGAGGAUGCUGAUAGCGCCGACCCCGAAGAACCUUCAAAGAAAAAGGAAGGUGCUUUUUAUGUGUGGAGCAGCAUUGAGGUUGAAGACAUAGUUGGCAAGCAUGCGCCUCAUUUUAAGGAGCAUUAUUACAUCAAGAAAUCUGGAAACUGUGAUCUUUCUCCUAUGAGUGAUCCCCACAAUGAAUUCAAAGGGAAAAAUGUACUCAUUGAAAAGAAUAGUACCAACGCUAUGGCGUCAAAACUUGGUAUGCCAGUGGAGAACUAUCAGGAAAUUCUUGGUGCAAGUCGUAAAAAACUUUUUGAUGCAAGAUCGAAGCGGCCGCGACCCCAUCUCGAUGAUAAGGUAAUUGUAUCUUGGAAUGGACUUGUAAUUUCGUCGUUUUCUAGAGCAUCUAAAAUCCUUAAGAGUGAACCCGAUGGGACGAAGUUCAACUUUCCUGUUGCUGGAACUAACCCACAGGAGUACAUGGAAGUUGCAAAGCAAGCAUUAUUGUUUAUAAAGGAAAAUCUAUACAACAAACAAUCCCGAAGGCUGCAACAUAGUUUUAGAAACGGGCCUUCAAAAGCACCUGGAUUCUUGGAUGAUUAUGCGUUUUUGAUUUCAGGAUUACUAGAUGUGUACGAGUAUGGUGGUGAAAUCUCUUGGUUAUCUUGGGCAGUUGAACUCCAAGAAACACAAGAUGAGGUGUUUCUGGACAAAACUGGAGGUGGUUAUUUCAAUACCACUGGUGAAGAUGAGUCCGUCCUUCUCCGGGUGAAAGAAGACCAUGACGGGGCUGAACCGUCUGGCAACUCUGUAUCAGCAAUUAAUCUCGUGAGACUUGCAUCCAUGUUUAUAGGCACGAGAUCUGAUCGUUACAAACAAAAUGCAGAGCAUCUUCUGGCGGUAUUCGAGAAGAGGUUAAAUGAUGCUCCAGUGGCUGUUCCAUUAAUGUGCUGUGCCGCUGAUAUGCUCUCUGUUCCUUCAAAGAAGCAGAUUGUGUUGGUGGGAAAGAAAGCAUCUCCGGAUAUGGAAAGCAUGCUUGUUUCAGUUCAUGCGUCUUAUGACCCUAACAAAACUGUGAUACAUAUAGACCCGAGUGACGAAGAAGAGAUUGGAUUUUGGGAGGAGAAGAACCCCAAUGUUGCUGCAAUGGCGAAAAGCAAUGUAAGGGCUGAAAACGUAGUGGCUCUCGUUUGCAAAGACUUUGCAUGUAAAGCUCCGGUUACUGAUCCUAAAUCUCUAGAAGCUUUGCUUUCAUCCGGGAAAGCUUAAACUCGUUAUGCUCGAUCUAGAAGUCCGUGCAUAUACCUCAAUAAUAUGUCCGUGUAUAAUGAUUGGUAUAGAUAGGAGAUCUUGAGUGUAUUGUCUAUACGAACUAACCAUGUAGAUAGUUGCGCGAAAUCAUACUGUACUAUUUUCUUAUGGCUAAUAAGAGCUAAUCAUGUAGAUAAAUAGUUCUACAAAA